AUGUUUUGCAACUUUGGGAAGUUCCUCCCCCUUUCCUUCCCUCCCUCGGGCUUCCCCCGGCCCCCUCCUCUUCCAGCCCUGUCCCCCGGCCCGGCCCAGUCCGGGGCCCCGCCUCCCCUGCCCCUCCCCCUCCGCCUCCUUCCGCUCGCGGCACCGCCCCCUGCCCUUCGCAUCUCCUCCUCCCAGGGGGUGUCUCUCGGAGACCCGCCGGCACGCCCCCGGCGCCCUCCCCGUCGGGCUUCCCGGUGCCCUCUCGCUGCGUGCAGGACUCAGCUCCUCCGCCCCUGUAGGCGGGGCGCCGGGGCUCUGCGCCUGGUCAGUUUCUUCUCGGGGGCCACAGCCCCGCCCUCUCCCGCCUUGCUCUCCCCUUGUCCCCGAGGCUCCGAAGCCCCUGCUACUGAGCGGAACCCCACCCCGCGUUGGGCCGUAGCUGCGGACCGGAUCCCUGCGGCCUCCGCGAUCUCCUCUGCCCCCCGCCCCCCGGCCGUGUCCGAGGCCUCGCACUGCCCGCUCGGACCCCGCCUGGGGCGACGGGGAAAGGGGUUGGGCACGGGACAGGUCAGCUACCGCCACUCGGGGGACCUCGGCAUCCGGCUGGUGCAGAGGGCUGAGGCGGCUGGGGAGUGGGUUUCAAUAAAUAUCAAGCCGGGCAAACGAGCGGUGCGGGAGGCGGAGGAGGCCCCGGGCGCGCGUGGUGCGUGGUGGUGUGUGCGUGGGGUCCCUGAAGUGAGGGCCAGUGUUUGGUCUGGGAGGGGGCAGCCCAGAGGGGCCGCGGUCUCCCUCUCCCCUUGA